CUUCUGAGGAGUUUUUGGAGCUAGUCAAAAGUGCUCUUCUGGCAGCUCUUGAAGCUCUUUCUCCAGGAUCAUUAUUUGGGAUUUUAACGUUUAGCAGCAAGAUAGGACUAUAUGAUGUUCAAGGUCCAAUACCAAUUGUGAAAAACGUUUUUAUCCCUCCUGAUUCUGACGGCACCUUGCACGUGGACCUUAAAGAUGUCAUGCCAUUUUGUUCAUUUUUGGCUCCUGUUGGCACUUUCAAAGACCGCAUUGCUGAAGCACUAGAAACAAUUAAACCAAUAGCUUCAUGGGAAAGGGCAACUACUGCAUCACAAGUUCAAGAUCACGCAUUGCAUCAUACCCGUGGGUUUGGGGUAGCAAUUGAUGCUCUUGUCAACUACCUAAGUGUGGAAAAUGGAACUACCUUUGAACUUGCUAGAAUAUUUGCGUUUUUAUCUGGGCCUCCGAAUUAUGGGGCUGGCCAACUGGACGCAAGAAGCAAUGGGGACCACAAUACUGGUAAAGUGGUGGAUUCAAAUAAUACAUUACUGCCCGAAGAGACAAGUUUCUACAAAAAUCUGGCUGCUAGUGCUGUUCAAGCAGGUGCAUGUGUGGACCUUUUCGCGAUUACAAAUGAAUACACUGAUCUUACUUCCCUAAAAGUUCUGAGUGUUGAGAGUGGUGGCUCAUUGUUUCUGUAUUCAAAUACAGAUGAAUCAACACUUCCACAAGAUAUAUACAAAAUGCUAAAGCGUCCAUAUGCCUUUGGAUGUGUACUGCGGUUGAGAACAUCUCCAGAGAUCAAGAUUGCUGAUUCUUAUGGUCAUUUCUUUCCAGAUCCUCAAUACAUGCAUGUUCAGCACAUAAAUUGCUGUGAUUCGUUUGCUAGCUACACUUACGACUUUGAGUUUGAAAAGGAUUCUCAGUUUGCCAGGAAGUCAAGGCCUCCUAUUCUCCAAAUCGCAUUUAAGUACACGAUGAUAGUACACCAUGGUGAUACAUCAGAUGAUGCUUCCAAUUCUGGUAGUAGAUCUAAGUUCUCAGUGCAAAGGCGGCUAAGGGUGCGGACUAUCCAGUACAACACAACUGCUAAUAUCUGGGACCUGUAUGACUUUGUUGACCCAGAUGUGGUAUUGACGAUACUUGUACACCAGGUUAUUUUGGCUUCUUUAAGUGAUGUGGUAGAAGCAAGGCUAUGGAUCCAUGAUUGGUUGGCGAUUUUCAUUGCCCAGUACAACAAGGCAUACAAGAACGUCAGACCUGCUGAUUCUGGAGUUUCUGAUAUUGACGUUGAUUUCUCAAACUGCUCACAAUUGCAGCCUCUGGCACAGCUUGUAUUUGCAUUUCUAGUAAGCCCAUUACUUCAAGUUCAGGAUGAACAUAUUCAUCCAGAUUACCAGACAUAUUUGCAGUGCCUCUUCAGUGCACUGGAACCGGCUUCUCUUCGGCAAGCUAUAUGUCCUACACUGAGUUCGUACUCCUCUCUUGAUACAGAAGCAGAAGUGCAUCAGUCUCUAAGUCGCAGUGUAUUCACCAGUGAGAGACCAAUAUUCCUUCUUGACGCCUACACUGACCUUUUGGUGUAUUACUUGCCUACAGCCAGCCCUUCAAUUCCCUUUCCUCCUCCACGUGACUGUCUGUUGAGAUCAACGGUCGAUAGGUUGAAGCAAGAAAGGACCUUAACUCCCAGGCUUGCUUUUAUUCAUGGUGCACGUGAUGAUACAACAACAUUUGAGAAAUACCUGAUUGAGGAUCGGGCUCUGGAUGGCACUCUGCUGGUUGGCUCUAUAGGUUUCAGAUCCUUCCUUGAGGAGGUUAGAAGCAGAGUAGCCGAGUUUGGAAUAUAGAGAGGCCUGUCUCAGCUGUUGUUUAAGCUGUUCAAUAUGCAAGAUUGGUCAUACUGGGCACCUUGGCAUGGAUAAGAUCUGUUGUGUUGCUUACCUUACUUUUGACACUCCAUGUUGCUAGGGCCACUCCAUUGAUAUGAUAUGAAUCCAUCACCACUUGUUGAAUAUGGCAGGAUUGCGUAUUUCUUGAACAAGUGUUUUGUACAUUGCCCAAACAGGCAGACACACUUUGGUGACGAUUUUGCUUUGUACUGUACGUCAUUUUUACUUGUUA